UCCUAAACUAAAAUACAUAAAAAAAGUAUUUUCUGUUAAAAUCUUUACUGGAUGUUCUCUUCUCUUACUUCAUCAGGAGGACUCAAUGAGAAGAAUCAGGAGAAACAGCCAGGCUCUCCUCCAGGAUCUCUUUUACAGGGGGGUCAACGGAGGAGACAGAGAUACUCCUAUUCCAGCUCAGCCUGGUAGAGAUGCUAAAAUGAUCCAUUCAAUCGCCAGCCUGAUCAGAGCGAAGAGUAAACUCCUCGUCCUGGAGAAUCCUGACACUUUGGAGAUCUACAAGCUGGAUGAUGCAGCCACCCGUCUUAGCAGAGGUGGUAAAGACGAUGUUUACCUCCCAGCCAUCACAACGAAGGCAUCGAGUCUAAAGUCAAUGGGAGGGUCUCUGAGUCAGUCCUGCCCGUACCUGUAUGACAAAAGAAGAGGAUCCUUCUCCUCAGUUGCCUCUCAGAGGACUGGAGGUCACCCUAAAAAACAAAGUAACCUCAACGUAAAAAAAGAGGCAAAGAAAUCCAACGUCACCGUGACAAUGACCUACCUAGGACAAGGCCGUCGGGGGUCAGGGUUAGGGUCAGGUCAGGACGAGCUGAAAGUACUCCAGCAAGUCAACGGAGGGGAGAAUAUCUGUGUCUUCAAAGGCGUGCUGACUCCAGGAGAGCAGUUUCAGUUUGUCUCUCAGAGACACAGAGGUUUCCCCUUCAGUGCCACCUUGUACGUGAACGGCAUCAUGGUGGCCAGAAUCAGUUCGUGCUGCGAGUACCGCUACGCUCCCGGCUUCCAGCAGGGCCGGAAGAGCUGCUUCAGAUUGGCUUGGCUGGCUGGUGGGAUACCCUGUUACAGAUGCACAAGUCUCCGAAACAAAUACAGCUCCUGCCAACAGCUGAACAACGGCACAAAGGACAAUUUCAUUUUCCCUCUAGAGAAGAGCCCUGGCAAUGACACCAUCGAGUCGUGUCCAUCAUCCCCUCUGUUUAUCCCAGCCAAACCCAAGAGGAAAUCAGGGAGGAGAACAAGAAACCAUAUCAAGGAAGGCAGCAGAGGAUCUACAGACAGCGAAGAUCCUGCUCUAGCUUGGAUUAAAGAGACUUCCAAGAAGAAACGACGCAAGGGCCAAACUAAUCACGAAGAGAGCAAAGGCAAAUCAGCUGGAAAUAAGAGGGAAGAGGGACAAGACAGUAAGGGCUUGGAGGGCUCGCACAGGUCAACAGUGACUGAAAAAUGUGAAGACAAAACAUCGUCUGACAGACGAGGACAUAAGCAGCAGAAACCAACCAGCAAUGUCACAGAGCUGCAGAAUGAGCAGCCGCGAUCAAACACGACAAGCAAAGUUCCCGAUUCAUUGCAGGAUGAGGAAGCACUGACUAAGCAGAACAGUGAGAAACAAAAGAAGCUGGGAUCAAAUGGGAAAAGCAGAGAUGGGGAAAGACUGAAGGACUUCUAUGAAGAAUGUGUGGAAAUGAGCACGGCGUUGGAGCAGGGCCUAAACAAACACAACUGGUUCAAGGCAAACAUCCUGGAGAGACGCCGGCUCCAGAAGAGGCUGUCAUCGUGCCCCAAAUCUCCAGGCUCAGAUGUGGAACACAGUGCAGAAAGUGAUACAGUCCUGCAGCCUGAUGGUGAGCCAGAGGAGGAAGAGGACACUGCCAGCCAGAGUGCUGGCAAAGAAGAGCCUGUUAAAGAACAAGAUCUGCAGGCGCAGCUCCACGCCAUGAUGACUGUGCUGAGCACAUCCGAUGAGGUGGAGCAACUGGUUCUGAGGAACACGGGCCUGACAGACGACCUUCUGCUGAGCUUGGCGGAGGCCUUGAAGAGCAGCCUGUCCGAGGUCACACUGCUCAACCUCAACCUCAACCUCAUUGGCCCGUAUGGUGCCCACAUCCUGCUGGACAUUUUGAGAGUGAAGCCUCAGAUCAGAGGUUUACACUUGUUUGGAAACAAACUGCGUGACCAUGGACUGCUGACCCUGUUGAAUGGAAUAGCUGAACUGCAGGAGCAAACAGCGAGAGCUGCUGCUGCCAUCCAACAGGCCAUGCUUCUCCCAUCGGAGCAGAAUAUGCUUCUGCACAUCCCCACUGGGUGGAGCUCUUUCAGUGUUUUUGUGCUUUUGGAACUAGAUGUUGGGGGAAAUGGCCUGAGCAGCAAAGGGGUAAAGAUGUUAGCAUCAUACAUGAGGCACCACUCCUAUCUUCAGUACCUGGGGCUGGCGCAGAAUAGCGGUGCCGAUCUGGCGGCGUGGAAGGAACUUUUCGACAGCCUCAAAGGAAACAGCUCGCUGACUCAGAUCAUCCUAGACGAGAACGACUUGGGAGACCCGGGGGUCAGGCUGCUGGCUGACAUGCUGAAAGAGAACGUGAGUCUGCGGCAGGUGGAUCUGGACAGGAACGGCAUCAGCGACGUGGGGGGAAAUGACAUCAUGGGCGCGUUGCUUUGCAGGACGCAGGUACCACUGACCCAUCUGAGCCUUCAGGAGAACAACAUCAGUGCAGGACUUAUGAGUAGGAUACAGCAAGAGGUCACAUCUAAAUGAAUCCUGCAGGAGGGGAAGAAUACAAAGAAUGAGAAUGUAUGUAACAUAAACAAAGCACCCACUUAGAGAAUAUUCCUUACACACACACACACACACACACACACACACACACACACACACACACACACACACACACACACACACACACACAUACAUCUUCCUUCCUGUAAGUGGGUGGCCCUGCUUACAAAUGUUGCAUCUUAGUUUAGCCCAGGCAGGUAGUGUAGGAGGUAUGUUUGCUUUAGGACUGCACUGUGGUCUGGAUUGCUUUUCAAAGAGAUCUCAAUGAACUGAACCUUUCUUCUUUGCGGUUAGGUUUUAUCUUAACCUUGAGGUUUUCUUCUUCCCACCAGCAUUACCACUCCUGACUCCACACCUCCUACUUUGCUAAAACUGAUUCCAGUGUCAUUUUAUUGAAUAAUUUGCUGCCUCCUGACUAAAAAGAAACCAAAGUGAUUCAUUCCACCCACAGUAUUUACAGGUUCUGGAAGACUUACCCACAACUUUCCCCCCCUCCCAGAACAUUUUAGUAGCCAUCGUGACACCCCCUUCCUCCACUUCUACAUAUCAAAAGAAACUUAUGGACAGCUAAGCCAUGCCACGUCAACUACCCUCUUUCUGUCAUUUUUGUCUCUCUUCAUGUGCUAGACAAAGCUUCUAUUCAGACUCUUAGCAUGGUGGUGGGGGUGUGGGUGAUGAUAAAAAACUAGGGCAAAUAAACCUGAAUUUUGAGGCUGUCAUCUCAUUGUUCUAUCAACACAGACAUGCUGAGAAUAACUGUACCUGUGAUCAAAGCUUGUCAAAGUGGUAAUUAUCUCCUCCUCUCAGGGUUGGCAGUAGUGACUCUGCUGAUACCAAUCCCUCCAUUUUUCAUCUGCAGUCUUUGCGAAUUUCUGUCUAUGGAACCCCGAUUAAGACGCUCUCCAAAACCCCGGAGUGGAUGACAGAUAAAUGAGACUGGCGCACCUGAAGAUUACAUCUGCCGAAGUUAUCUUGGUCCUCUGCAUCAGACUGAAUAAGCUUCUGUUGUGGCGUGCAUUGAAAUCUCUGUACAGCAAA